AUGGACGCCAUUUCUGCCGGGGUGCUACCUGGAGAGGACACUAAGACUCUUCCUAACAUGAGGCAUGCUCAGGAUAGGUUCAUACUACAAUGCGCUGAUGAUGUUUAUUCGCAACAGGAGAAAGAUGAGGCUAAAGGCAGGCUAAUGGAUGCCAUCAGGGAACAGAGUCAAAGCGUAUGGUAUAAGCAGCUUUGCGAGGAGUUUGGAUGGGCCCCUGAUGAGAAACUGGUAGCCGAUAUGAAAGUGAAAAAUGAGGAGGAAUUGCAGAAGCUGCAGCUGAACAUUGACGAUGCCCAGGAAAAUUUGGGAGAUAUCGAGCAGAGGGACGCGAUUCUGAAUAAGGGGGAGUUCUAUCUCAGGAUAGGUGACCAUGAGAAGGCCGCAGAGGUGUUCGAGGAGGCCUUGAAGAUCACAGUCGGCGUCGGGGCCAGAUUGGACAACAUACUUACUCAGAUUCGCAUGGACAUUUUCUGGAAUGAUGUCCCAGGGUGUAAGAAGAACAUCGAUCGAGCGCAUAUCGAGUUGUCGAAAGGAGGCGACUGGGAGAGGCGAAACAAGCUGAAGGUUUACGACGGCCUGUACCAGAUGAUGACCAGAGACUUCGAGGCUGCUGCUGGCCAAUUCGUAUCGGCACUCCAGACCUUCACAGCCACUGAGCUCAUGCCCUUCACCGACUAUAUUUUCUACACGGUCAUCACGUCUAUGGUGGCUACCGAUCGGAAGACUGUUAUUACUCAAGUGAAAACUUCCCCUGAGGUGUUGUCGGUGGUCGGCGAUUUGCCUCCACUGAGGGAGUUCCUCACUAGCCUCUACGACUCGCGCUACAAGGAGUUCUUCCAAGCCUUCGGUGGGGUCAUCCAAUUGGUGCGAAGGAAUCGCUACAUGAGUGUUCAUUUGAGAUAUUUCAACCGACAGAUGAGGCUGAAUGCCUAUCGACAGUUCCUCGCCUCGUACAAAUCCGUAACGUUGCGAAUGAUGGCUGAUGCAUUCGGUGUAACUCCACAGUUCAUCGAUCAGGAGCUUUCUUCCUUCAUUUCGUCGGGGAAGCUGUCGUGCAAAAUCGACAAAGUUAAUGGCGUGGUGGAAUCGAAUGUGCAGGAUGAGCGGAAUGAAAAAUACCAGAAAAUGAUCAAACAGGGCGAUCUUCUCUUGAACAGAAUCCAGAAGUUAUCGAAGAUCAUCGAUAUGUGA